CUCGACCAAGACUCACACUCAAGACUGCAACUCUGAAUGCUGCUGAUACACAUUCAGAUUCACCGUUGUUGGAGCACAUCUCGCGAAUACUCACGACUUACGACCUGCACGCAGACUGACGCUAUCGAGCGUUGUAACUCGACGUAGCAGGCAGCCUCACACAGCAUCUCUCGUGCACGCUCCCUCUGGCGCAAACUACGCAGAAGCGCUCUUCGUCGUCACCAAGGGCCAGAAGGCAGACAGACUGGCUGUACGAAAAGACGCGAGUUGGGCGGGCCGCAGUCCAACAAUGGCAGCUUCAACAGGGCGCGGUCGGAUAGGCAACGCUGCUGGUGCCGGUGCUGGUGCUGGUGCCGCAGCGGGCGGUUCAAGAGCAGCUCAAAGCUCGUCCAAAUCCAGAUCAGCCCCCGCUUCGGCCAAGAAGAAGUCAGGGGAUGAUCUGAUCUUGACCAUCGAUUCGGACGAUGAAGUCGGCGCUGCAGGAGAGUCGGAGGGAGAGAUGGAGUGGCAACAAGAAGGAGAUGACAACGUCCAUCCCUCCAGCUCCACUUCCACUUCCACCCGCCUUCAUUCCAGCUCUCAGCCUAGCCUUGGCACUUCGAAGAGCAAAUCGACCUUGUCCAUGAAAUCCAAAGUGAGCGGUAAUGCGCAAGGAUUGCGAGAGGGGAACGAUGGACAAGCUUGGAAGAUGGACAAGGACUUUGUGUUUGAUUUGCAGGGGGAUGGGUAUGGGCUUGGACUGGGAUACGAGGGCAAGAGCAGCGGUGCGGAUGUUAGGGAUAAGGGUCAAGCAGGAAGAGGUUUGACGGUGGAUGAUAUCAUCGAAAAGAGAAGAGUAAAGGUUGUCUUGCCUGAUGAUGAUGAGGAGAAGGAGAAGGAGCAGGAAGAGGGGCAGCUAGAGCAGGAGGAGGAGGAGGAGCACGAAAGCAGCGAUGAAGAAGCAUUCGGUGCGGGGGCGCGUCGAGCUCAGAGGCAGGCCCAGCAAGCGGGAGAAGAGGGUGACGAGAGCGAGGACGAGGAGGAUGAGGAAGAGGAGGAUGGAGAUGAGGGGGAAGGUGAUGACGAUGCAGCAGAGUCCGACUCGUCAGUGGACGAAGACGAGCAGACCAACGAAACGGAGAUCGAUCGAGCAAAGAAGGCGGCAUUCUUUGCUCAUGAAGAGGGCCCCGAUGCAGGUGGCAAAAGCAGCGGCGAUCCCGCGGGCGCAUCAUCUUUCAGCUCCCUCAACCUCUCUCGCGCACUGCUUCGAGCCCUCUCCACGCUAUCCUACCAUCAACCUACGCCCAUUCAAGCUCGCGCGAUCCCUGUAGCUUUGGCAGGCAAGGAUAUCGUGGCUGGCGCAGUGACGGGAAGCGGAAAGACUGCUGCAUUCAUCAUCCCCGUGUUGGAGAGGUUGCUUCAUAGACCCAUGACGGAAAGCAGAAGCAGAGUCCUCGUGCUCCUCCCCACCAGAGAGUUGGCAGUGCAGUGCGCUGCAGUGGGGAACGCUAUUGGCAAAUUUGCAAAUGUCAACUUUUGCUUGGCUGUUGGUGGAUUGUCCCUCAAAGCGCAAGAAAAGGAACUACGAAGUAGACCAGAAGUCAUCAUCGCCACGCCAGGACGUCUGAUCGACCACUUGCAAAACUCUCCCUCUUUCAAUCUGGACUCUAUCGAAAUUCUGAUCAUGGACGAAGCCGACCGAAUGUUGGAAGAAGGAUUCAGGGAAGAAUUGAAAGAGAUCAUCAGCAGUUGUCCGACCAAGAGGCAGAGCAUGCUCUUCAGCGCUACCAUGACGGAUAGCGUGGAUGAGCUCAUUAAUUUGGGCUUGAGGAGACCCGUCAGGAUCUUUGUGGAUCCCAAGAGGAGCACUGCAAAGAACUUGGUGCAAGAGUUUGUGAGGGUCAGAGGAGCUGCUGCUGCUGCUUCGAAUGGUGAGGAUGCGGAGCAGGCCCAGCUUGCCACACUGGGACAGGGCAAUAGGAGGACAGAGGAGACUAUGAGACCUGCGUUGUUGCUUUCUUUGUGCUUGAGAACAUUCACGCACCAAGUCAUCAUCUUUGUGCGAUCCAAGAAGCUGGCUCAUCAGCUCAAAAUCAUCUUUGGAUUGGUAGGCCUCACGGCUUGCGAGCUUCAUGGAGACUUGUCGCAAGAGCUACGUUUACAAUCGCUGGAUAGCUUCAGGAAUGGUAGAGUAGACUAUAUGAUCGCUACGGAUCUAGCUUCGCGCGGUCUGGACAUCAAAAAUGUUCAAACGGUCAUCAAUUACGACAUGCCGAAUUCCUUUGACGUCUACCUGCACCGCGUAGGUCGAACAGCUCGAGCGGGCAAAGAAGGCCGAUCGGUCACGCUGGUUGGCGAACAAGACCGCAAAUUGCUCAAAUUGGCCAUCAAGGGUUCCAAAGAGGAGAAUAUCAAGCACAGACUCGUACCUGCUGACCACGUCAACAUUAUGCUGGAGAAGUUGGACCAGCUCAAGGAGACGGUGCGCGAAGUGAUGAGCGAGGAAAAGGAAAUGAGGGAACUGGACAUUGCAGAGAGGGAACUAAGAAAGGGAGAAAACGUGGAAAAGCAUAGAGAGGAGAUUAUGAGCAGACCAAAGAGGACUUGGUUUCAAAGCGAAAAGGAAAAGAAUGCUUCGAAAGACGCUUCGGUUGCUGAUUAUCUCAGCAAGGGCGAGAAGCGCAAGGCGGACGGCACAAAGCGAGGCAAAUACGACGGUUUAUCUCGCAAGCAAAAACGUUCCAAGCAGAUGAAAGAAGAGAUAGCAAAGGAAAAGAGUCAAUCGAGCGUGGAUGCGUCCAUACGAGCUGCCAAGAAAUCUUCUAGACCCGCAUCCUUGGGCAUGCCCGACACGAGCUUCUCAAAAAAGGCGCAAAAGAAAGAUGCUGCCGCUGCUGCGGCGGCUGGAAAGAAGAGGAGGAAGAGCAAGAGCUCUAGCAGUAGAAAAGUUACGGGUAAAGGAGCUGGAUUUGCCAAGGAUUUGGGAGAGAGGAGUACGGGCAGGAAUGUGAGUGGGAAGAAGAGCAGAGGUGGAAAGAGAUAGCUGUGCGCUUUGCGCUCGUUCCAAGCCCC